AUAUUUAGACCGCCCACAAGUCGUGUCGACCAAUAGCGGCGUAGGCGAGGCGGGGCGUCGUGACUCCAAACGCUGUUUAAACUUGAGCCGUGCUUUACAACCGUCAAUCUGAAAACAUAUUUCAGCAGGAACAUGACUCUUGGGGUGUUACUAGCAAAGACAAAUCGUGCAUAAGAUUUCGUGAUGAAUUAGUGUGUCGGUACUUCGGUGAUGCCGGGUGAAUCGAAGGAGGGCGAGGGUCGCAAGGCGUUGCGGACGCCGAAGUGUGCGCGGUGCAGGAACCACGGCGUGAUCUCCUGCCUGAAGGGCCACAAGCGGCUGUGCCGGUGGCGCGACUGCCGCUGCCCCGGCUGUCUUCUCGUGCUGGAGCGACAAAGAGUUAUGGCUGCUCAGGUGGCGCUCCGUAGACAGCAAGGCGCCGGCGGCGGCCCAGCGCGCGACAGCGAGGCGGCCGCGCUUGCCGCACGUAAGCGGGCAUACCGCGCACGCCUGCGUUGCAUGCAGAUGACUCGGGCGUACCCUGCACCCGCGCCGCAGUAUGGAGACGGGCGCCUGGCGGUGGACCCGCUGUGGUCGGAGCGCGUGCGGCGGCGGCGGCGCGCGUUCGCGGACGCCGAGCUGGAGCGCGCGUCGCCCGCGGCCGCCCCGCCCCCCCCGCCGCCGCCCGCCGCGCUGUGCCGGCACUUGCUCGCCGCACUACUCACCAACUACGCGCCGACGAUGCCGCUGCCGUCUCCACCGCGACGGCCCAAGAUAUCCUUUUCCAUAGAGUCUAUUAUUGGAGUUCAGUAGGCUUAUGGUAUCUGUUUAUGAUGACUGUACUGUGACCGUAACGUGGACCUCAUAUAUCUUGCGCAAAGCGAUAUUUGGAACAAAAAUAUGGUAUAAUUAUCGCGUAGCCAGUACCGGUGAUCUUAUCCUAUCGCAACAUUUCAGAUUUAUUGAAACUUGUUUGUAAUGUAUGUACUUUAUCACCUACGAAUUUCUCUUUUUAUAUUCUUAUCAAUUGAACAUAUUUGUUUGGUUAUUUCGAUUUUUUGGAAUUGAAUAUAGAAAAUAUUUAAGUUUUAAAAUUGUACAAAUACAUUUCCAUAAUUAUUAUUAUAAUUCAUAUUUAUUUACAUAUUUAAAUCAAUAUGAAUCGUUUAAAAACCUACAAGUACACGUAUUUACAUCAUAUCACUAAUAUUUUUACGGUCCAUAUUCAUUAUUAUAUUUAAUACAGUAGGUAGGAUGUUCAGUUAAUGCAAGUUGUGUACUUAACUAAUUAAAUUAAAUAAAAGUAUUUAAUCGAACAAUGAGUGCUUUAUUAACGAAAUGUAUGGAAAAGAAUUAAAUUGUAGGAUCAAAACUAUUACAACCAGAACGUGUCAGUUAUUUUUUUAUAUUUGUUAAUUAUAUAUUGACAAGUGAUUUAAGUGUUAACAUGAGUACAGAACUAUUAUUUUUAGUUUACAAAAGUUGUACAAUUAGAUACCUGUAAUAUUUGGGUUUUAUUUGUCUUAUUUCUAGUUUUAAUAACACAAUCGACCUGAUCGUAGAUUUGAAGUUACAAUGAGAAUUUGUUUAUUUAUUGUUCUAUCUGUACUGUACUCACCUUAAAGUAAAUUUGAACCGAUACACUUACACAACGGAAAUAUUACAAACGUUACAUAAUUAUAACAAUUUUCAUUCAUGAUCAAUUUUUAUUUAACAUUUGAGAUGAUAGAAUGGUAUUAAAUUACAAAAUGUAAUGGAUUUGUAAAUAUUAGGUAUUGAUUAGGUAAAUAAAUAAAUAAUUAAGUAUGGUAUAUGUUGGAUCUCUCUACCUUGCUUUGGCAUUAUUCCACAAUCACGUCAUAGCCGGUCCUAAAUACCGUGCACGGCACUCGAUGUGGACUCAUUUUUUUUUGUUUUUUUUCUAGAAGUUCCAAUCAACCUAGAAAAAUCAAUCAGAUCGUUCAAUGUAAGUCUUUUGACGUUGCAAUUGCGACGGUGCGCAUCUUUGGAUCUUCGUCAUAUAGGUCCGAGAGACGUGCACGUCUAAUGUACUCCAGCGUGAUAGACAAACCAAAUAUCAACUGUCAUCAUACCGCCACACCACAUUCUUUCACCAAAUGUGAAGAAGCGGGGGUAAAGAGCUUCAAUACAUACCCAAUAUUCAUUAAAUAUAUACGAUGUGUACUUGGGAAAUAAAAAAGAAAUAUCAUAAAAUAUAUUCAAAAAAAUAUAAAAUAUAUGUGAAUGAAUGUAAAGUACUAAUAAAAUAUAAUUAUCAAUAAAUGUGUGGGAACAUAAUGUAUGGUGUUAAUUUGUAAUACAUAUAUAUUUUA